AUGACCACCACAGAAUUGCCAGUCCUGCGCUGGGGUAUUGUGGGAUGCGGAUUGAUAUCUUCGUGGUUCGUAGGCGACCUAUGUCUUCCCGAUAGGCCGGGCGCAAACACCAAACACAUUGUGCAAGCUGUCGCCUCUUCCUCGAAAAGCAAGGGAUCAGCUUUUGUUUCGAAGCAUUGUCCGUCGGAGAAGCCGACUAUCUACGACUCGUAUCAAGACUUAUACAAUGACCCCAACGUUGACGUUGUUUACGUGGGAACACCACACACUGUACAUCUACAGAAUACGCUUGAUGCAAUUGCAGCUGGGAAGCACGUGCUAUGCGAAAAGCCCAUCGCAGUCAAUGCGAGAGAUGCAAAGAAGAUGAUUGAAGCAGCACGGGAAAAAGGAGUUUUCUUGAUGGAAGCUUUGUGGACGCGUUUUUUCCCCAUCACUACAAAGUUACACUCUCUCCUCUACGAAGAGAAGGUCAUUGGGGACAUCGCCACCGUUUUCGUUGAUUUUGGUCUUAACAUGCCCAUCGGAAAAGCGGAUCCCCAAGCCCGAGUCGCGUCCAAGUCGCUCGGUGCAGGUGCUCUCCUCGAUAUCGGCAUUUAUUCAAUGACGUGGGCAUCUCUCAUCCUUGACAAGUCACCCCAUCGUCAGGCAGAAGAAUCGCCGAGCAUCAAUGCGACUAUGACCUUCCACGAUGAAACACUCAAUGCCGCGGAGAGAAUAGAUGAGCAGGUUACUGCAGUACUAAAGUACCCAGAUAUCAAGGCCCAGGCAGUUUGUUCCGCAUCGCUACUAUACAAAGGCAGGGAAGAGUUUGCCCGCAUAGAAGGUUCGAAAGGUUCCAUAGCUAUCGGUGGCCUGGCGCCAUCCAAACCUGGGUAUUUGGUGAUCAGAAUACAGGAUCAAGAGGAGAAGCGGUUGGACUUCGAAGUUCCUGGGUUUGGGUUCCAUUAUGAGGCUGAUGCAGUAGCCAAGGACAUCCGUGCAGGAAGACUAGAGAACGAAGUUUGUUCAUGGAGUGAUACGUUGACGAUCAUGUCUAGACUUGAUGCUAUAAGGAGCGCAUGCGGGCUGACCUACUCGCAAGACGGAUAA